AUGGGCAGCGUCGGAACAAUCCCUACCGUUGAUAUUAGCGCCUGGCUUGACCCCAAUAGCACGGAAGAGGGCCGCCAAAAUGUAGUUGACGCAAUGCGCAACGCAUGCACAACCUAUGGCUUCUUUAGCCUGGUCGGACAUGGUGUCACACCAGAAGAGCAAGAACAGGCGCUAAAAUGUGCCAAGCUAUUCUUUACCCUUUCCGAGGAAGACAAGAUGGAUGUCUGCAUCGCCAAGUCCAAGGGAAGAUCCUUCAGAGGGUAUGAACCGCCAGGUAUCCAGGUCCACCAAGAAGGCCUGCUUCCGGAUACGAAAGAGUGCUUCAUUAUCGGCCAUGAGGUUCCCGAAGACGAUCCAGACUGUGGUACAUUCUCCACCGGCCCGAAUCUUUGGCCCAAGUCUUUGCCCGAAGCAGACUUCCGCAACCCGAUCAUGGACUACCAGGCUCGUAUGGUGGAGCUUGUAAAAGUGCUGUUGAAGAUCCUCGCUCGCGGUCUACCACAGGAAUGGAAUUGUCCGCCCGAUGUCUUGGACGCAUUGGCUGAGAACAAUCCAUCUAUCCCGAUGAGACUACUGCACUAUGGGCCGCAGCCAAUCAGGGACGAGAGACAAUUUGGAGUCGGCGACCACACUGACUUCGGCUGCGUCACUAUACUACUUCAGGAGAUGGGUACCGAAGGCCUGGAGGUCUGGUACCCACCCACAGAGACUUGGAUCCCCGUUCCUCCCAAAGAGCAUGCGUACGUGAUCAACAUGGGUGACAUGAUGCAGAAGUACACGGGCGGAUACUAUCGGAGCGCCCGGCACCGGGUUCUCACUUUUACCAAGAAUCACCGAUACAGUGUUCCGUUUUUCUUGAACGGUCAGUUGAAGCUUAAGUGCACUACCCUUGAUGGAUCUGGAUCUGAGACUAUUGUUGGAGAGCAUAUUCGCGGGAGGCUGGUUGAGACCAUGGGGAAGGCUGGCGAGAAGCUGAAGUAG